AUGAAUAUCAAAAUAGAUACUGAUAAACCAGUUACCUUGUCGAUCAAUACGACAAAUGAACAUCAUCAUUUACAUACGACAUCAGCACCAACAUCCAUCUACCAUCCAAGAAAUCCUCCUACAAACAGUCCAAUGAAUGGAAAUACCACAAACCCAGGUCAUUUCCAUCAUCAUUCGCAUUUAUAUAACACAACUACUGGUUAUAAUUAUGGACCAGUUCCACCACAAGCUCCAUCAACAGCUAGUUAUUAUUCAAUGCAACAGAAUAAUCUUUACAAUGAUCCGUAUUCUCAAUGUUCACCUUAUUGGAAAGUCUCGGCAGCUGCUGCUGCCGCAGCAUCAUCGUCCGAACAUUCAAAAGGAAGUUCUAAUCAUGCAAAUCGAUUAUCGUAUCCUGUAGAUCAUCUCCAUCCAUCCAAUAUGCAUUACAAUUCAUCGUCAUCGGCUGGUUUAUCUUCUCAAAUUGAUGUUAAAUCUGAACAUUUAUCGCCAAUGAAAAACAUUCAUUCGGCAAUGUCAGGUGAAGAUGAUUCAAAUGAAAGUCAUCCGACAGGUACCGAAGAAGACGAUGAAGAUGACGAAGAAGAUAUGGAUUUCAAGACUCCAGAAAAAGAAGAAUCGAAUAAUGCAUCAAACAAUGCACCAAGAAAAUCCAAUCGCCGUGCAGAAAAACCACCAUAUUCGUAUAUUGCAUUGAUUGUCAUGGCCAUCAAUAGCACACCAACGAAGAAAAUGACAUUGUCAGAGAUCUAUGCAUUUCUACAACAAAGUUUUCCAUUUUUUCGUUCGACAUAUAUGGGUUGGAAAAAUUCUGUUCGGCAUAAUUUAAGUCUAAACGAAUGUUUUAUUAAAUUGCCAAAGGCAAUGGGCCGAGCUGGUAAAGGGCAUUAUUGGACGAUUGCACCUGACUCUGAUUGUAUGUUUGAUGAUAAUUGUAUGCGAAGAAGACCUAGAGGAUUUCGACGAAAAUUAGGAAAACAACCAGUAUAUCCUAAUCUUCUAGGUCAAAUCGAUUCAACUGUGUCGACAGGAACAAAUGUGACGGCAACAUCGUCAUCAGCAGCAACAUCCGUUCUAGAUCCAAGUGCUAUUAGUUCCUACAAUCAGAAUCCAUCGUCAUCAUCACCUUCGACAACAACAAGUGUUGGAGCUGGAAACUAUUUCGAUCUUAGUAAUUAUGCUGCUUCGUCAUCAACAGCAGCAGCAGUCAAUGGACAUCAUUCGUCAGAUCUCUAUGCAGCUGCAGCUCUCAUGGCCUCAUAUUCUUCUACUUAUCCUCAUCGUUCUCAUUUUACAGCAACCAAUUCAUCUUGUUCUUCGUCGGCAUCAUCAACAACUAAUACGACAGCCUUAUCGACCAAUGCAAGAAUUACAGAUGAGACAGAUUCAGGAUCUCAUGCACAUUUUACCAAUAGUGUACAUUAUGCAUCAGGCCCAUCUCAAUCAGCGUACUUUUCAUAUGGAAAUCCAUCAUCUCAUCCACCAACAAGUUCAUCUUUUGAUCCACAUAAUCAUUUCUAUGCCAAUCCAUUUGCUGGUUUUCUUGAUCAGAAACAUGCAUUGUUACCGGCAACAUUAUCCUGUUAUGAUCAUCAUCCGUCUUCAUCGAACUAUUAA